AUACAUACAUAUUUUUAUAAAUAUAUAGUCCGAGUCUCUUUUUUUUUUCAUUAUUUUUACAUCACUUAAAUUGGUCAUCUCUUCAUUUAAUAAUUAGGGAACUGCAUUUCCCUUUUUUUAUACUUCAAUUAGAGUCUUAUUAUAUUUUUUUUCUCAUAUCUAAUUAGACGUAAAAUAUCCAUCUUAGACACAUAAAAAAAAAGUCAAUACAUAUAGAAUUUUUUUUAAAAAAAAAAACGAAUAAAAAAAACGAACUUUAAAAUGUCACAACAAGCCUUUGAACAACAAAAGAAUAAACCUAAAGCAAUUAGUGAAGAGGAAAAUAACUUUAUGGGAAUUCCAAUUAUAAAUAAUCCUAAUUCUGAUAAUGCUUGGAAAAUAGUAGGUAGUCCUUCAAGAAGAGGAAGUACUAUAAAUACGCCUCAGGUUUUGGAUAAUACGAGUAAAAAUAGUCCCAAUGAUUCACCUAUCAAUGAUAAUGUUGAUAUAAUGAGAAGAGCUUCUGUUGUGUCAGAAGGAAAUAAUAAUAAUUGGGGCUCAUUUGGUGGAUUUCAAUGGGAAGGACCGUCUAUAUUUGACGAAGAUGGUAAACCAGUUAGUGCUCCGCCUAUUCAGCCUCCACCUCCAGAUGUAGUUGAUAAUCAAGGUGUUUCACUUUUGCAUAAUACAAAUUAUGAUAUUCUUUCAGUUCCAAUGUUACCUGGUGUUUCGCUUGAACCUAUAUACCGUCAACAUCGUAGUCUUUCAUUCUCAAUGGGUCAGGAUCCAACCUUUUUUGGUUAUGAUGAUUAUGAUGAUCAUCCACCUCAACCUGCUUAUCAGCCACCUUUUAAAUCCUCUUUAGCUCCUAUGGAAGAAGAGGAGGAUGGCUUUUUUGAUGAUAUUGAUUUUUCACAUAUUCGAUCACGCUCCAAGUCUUCUGGCGCUGCCUUUGGUCUUUUAUCCCAAUCACAACAUUCUCGUUUAAUGAACAGUGAUGGUGUUCGUCGUGGUUCUGAACAACAGGAAGAUUUAAUGAUCAAUCAACGACGUCGUUCUUCUUCUCGUUUCUUUAAUAUUUCUAAUACAGUUGAACCUACAACACCCACUACACCUAAUGCUUCACAAAUGUCUUUAGGUGAUAAAGAACGAUUAGACAUUCUUCAACGUCGUUUAUCUCAGCAAAGUCAAUUUCAAGAUUACUCUUUUCCUGCUGAAAGUUCUCCAAAUAAUUACAAUUUAAUGAGAAGACAGUCCUUGACAUUAAAUACGCAACCACCAAGUAAUAUUCAGCAAUUAGCAGAACAAUUAGAAAAUGUACAUUUAAGACCUGAUUUACAAACUUUAGGAUCAUUUCAUCCACCACCACCGCCACCACAACAGCAACAGCUACAGCUACAGCAACAACAACCUACACAACCACAAUAUAAACCUGACCUUUAUACUCAGCAUUUACAACAACAACCAUUUUUUAAUAAUGGCUAUUUCCAUCUCCAACAACAACAACAACAACAACAACAAUUCUUUUCUCCUAAUCAACAACAGCAACAACAAGUUGCUGAAGACUAUUUUGAUACUGAUCCAAAAUGCUUCCAAGACCUUGGUAAAGGUAUUCCUAUGCAUCGUUUAGAUCCUAAAGUACCUUUAUACAUGGUUGAAUUUAAAGGAGGACGAACUGAUUUCUUUUAUGUUUUGGACUCAAAGCAAUUUCAUCCUCAAGUGGGUGACCUCGUGAUAGUGGAAGCGGAUCGUGGUAAAGAUUUAGGUAAAGUAGCUGUGAAUACUUUAACUAUUGAGCAAGUUAUUGCAUUAGAACAAAAACGACAAUCACAAUUACAACAAGUCGAAAGUAAUACUGCUGCUGCAGCAGCAGCAGAAAAAGAGAAAAGAGAAGAAGAAGAAAGUGCAGCAGCAGGUUCUAGUAUACCUGUUAAAGCUCAAAGAGAGAUUCAUAUUAAGCGAAUCUUUAGAUUAGCUACAUCUGAUGAAGUUAACUUAUUACUAGUUAAAGGACAAGAUGAACAUAAAGCUCUAGUUGUUUGUCAACAAAAGACAAAACAACGGAAAUUGCCAAUGGAAGUAGUUGAUGCUGAAUACCAAUGGGAUCGUCGUAAAUUAACUUUUUACUUUGAAGCUGAAAACCGUAUUGAUUUUCGAGAACUUGUUCGAGAAUUAUUCAAGAUUUAUAAAACUCGUAUUUGGAUGUGUGUUGUCACUCCACCCAUUACAAUUGAUGACAUUCAUAGUUUAGAUAACACAACAACUUUAUCAAAAUCAUAAAAGUUAAACAAAGAUCCUUCCCAUACAAUCUUUUUUUUUUUUGUUAUUUUUUUAUUUACAAUCAUAAUGAUGAAUAUAUGUAAUCGCUACAGAUUUAUAAAAAUAAACAUAAAAAAAAAUAUACAUAUUUAUAUUUACAUUCAUAAUUA